ACCGGGAGCGGGAAGACCACCUUCAUCAGUGAGCUGGCCCUGGACCUGUCCAUGCAGGGCGUCAACACGCUGUGGGGCAGCUUUGAGAUCAACAACGUGCGUCUGGCCAAGAUCAUGCUGACGCAGUUUGCCAUGCAGAGGCUGGAGGAGAACCUGGAGCAGUACGACUUCUGGGCAGACAAGUUUGAGGAGCUGCCGCUCUACUUCAUGACCUUCCACGGGCAGCAGAACAUAAAGACGGUGCUGGAGACGAUGCACCAUGCUGUCUACCUGUACGAUAUCAACCACGUCGUCAUUGACAACCUGCAGUUCAUGAUGGGGCAAGAAAACCUCUCUGUAGACAAGUUUGCGGUGCAGGACCACAUCAUCGGGGUGUUCAGGAAGUUUGCAACCAACAGCAGCUGCCACGUCACUCUGAUCAUCCACCCCAGGAAGGAGGAGGACGACCGGGAGCUGCAGACGGCCUCCAUCUUUGGUUCUGCUAAGGCCAGCCAGGAGGCCGACAACGUGCUGAUCCUGCAGGAGAAGAAGCUGGUGACGUGUCCGGGCCGCAGGUCCCUGCAGGUCACCAAGAACCGCUUCGAUGGAGACGUGGGCAUCUUCCCCCUGGAGUUCCUCAAGUCUUCGCUCACCUUCUCAGCCCCCCUCAAAGGUAAGCUCAAGCUGAGGAAGGUCCCGAGCAAGUCUGAGAGCGAGGACGAGGUCCAGGAGAGCGCUGUGGCGAUAAGGAAAGGGGAGCUGAAGGAAGAGAAGGUAGAGAAAGCGCCGAAAACAACGAAGGCCCCACGAACUGUCAAGACUCCGUCAAGUGGGAAAGAAACCCUCCAGAAGAAAUAAAGAAAAGUGUCAUUUAUAAAACUAACGUUGAUUGGGAGUCGUUUGAGCCGAAUCGUACGGUGGCCGAGACCCG